AUGACAACUGCACCCGACACCGGUUCUUAUAGCACAUCCAGAGGGCGGGGCCGUGGACGGGGUCGGGGGCGUGGCGGAAGAGGUCGAGGGCGAGGGAGAGGCGAUGUCUCCGAUGAAAUCUUCGGAGAAACGCAACAACAGAGAACGCCAAAGCCGCGGUUGACUCACUUCUUGGCCCUCCCUAUCGGACAUCACAGUGGUCUCCGCGAUAGUAUCUCCACUUUUACAGAUGCAUUGCUUGCCGCAUCGCCGGCUAUACCUGGCCUCGACGGAUCUAUCGUUAUUCCCGCGCGCCGGCUGCACUUCACGCUCGGCGUAAUGGCGCUCAAUGACGCGGAUGCAAGCAUAGCAGAAGCUGCAUCGGCACCGGCGGGUGAUUCGCCACCUUCUCCACCACGGUCGCUACCAAAAGCUGUUGCGCUUCUGGAAGAGAUUCGGCCCUUGCUCAUGAAGAUGCUAGAGGGUGAACAGCUGCGAGUCGCGCUCAACAGCGUGGACAUCAUGACACCGGAGAAGCGUGACCUCGAGCGAGCGCAUGUGAUGUGGGUUGGACCGACGCCGGGGACCGAGGACUUCAAGAAAUUGAAACAAGUGUCCGAUUUUGUGCACAAGACGUUCAAGGAUGCUGGGCUGGUCGUAGACGACAGGCGUCCACUAAAGCUCCAUUGUACUGUCCUCAAUACUGUCUACCGCAAGCCGCGUGUCAAAGUGCGCACUCCAUUUUCAUACGCGUCCAUUCUCGCCUCGGAACCGCUACAAGCUGUCUCGGCGACACCGGUAAUGGGUAUUGCAACGGCUCAGGCUGGAUCACAGUCUCCGAUUCGGGGGCCGCGAUCGGUAGAUUUUGGAGAGUGGGCUGUGGAAGAGGUACAGAUAUGCGAGAUGGGGAGCUGGGGGCCUGAAGGUGAGUAUGUGUGUGUCGGGCGGUGUCCUCUCGUGUAA